AUGUUCCUCCCACCCUCCUGGAUUACGGGCCAAGAGCUCCCUGCUGUCACUAAAAGGCCCUACACCUUUGCAUUUCAAGUAUAUGUUUCCCGCUUUGAGCAAGCUGUGAUGAAGAGAGAAGACACACAUUAUAACCCGGGGCAAAAGAUAAAAUAUAUUCUUUCCAUAGUCAUGCGCCUGUCAGAGAACUUACUGUCAAGGAAUAUGUUCAUUGCAUAUGCACUCUUGAAGCCUUGCUAUUUUGGGAAUGUGUACUGGAAUCUGUUGGAUGAGGAAUAUUAUGGAAAAGACAAGAAGCAGAGAGUGGAAACAUUCUUUAAUCUUAAUCUGCGGAAACUGCAAGUGGAAGCCUUACAGAAAACAAUGUCUGAGCUUAAGGAUUUCAAGAAAGAAUUAGCACUGGCAGGACUAGAACUGAUUGAACCUGACCCCAUCUCAGUUCCCGAACUAGGAAAACAACCAGAGAACCUGAAAUUCAUGUCCAAGAUUCAUGGCCUCGCAGAUAUCUGUCAAUUAUGCCGAUGA